AUGACCGAAGUAAUCCAGCCAAAAACUGUAUCUUCAUUGGUCACAGAAUUCCUCGACCAACCACCGAGUUGUCUUGAAUUCUGUCCCAAGGAUCCCAACUACUUUGUAGUAGGAACCUAUCUGCUUCAGGAGCAUAAGGAGCCAGCAGAAGAGAAGAAGAGCGGAGAAGGCGAAGAAGAAGGUGACGAAGGAACUGCGCCUAGCUCUGUCAAACAGACAAAGACGGGAUCUUUGCAGCUGUGGCAUUUGGACAUUACUGCUCCUAAGCUACAACACAAGCAAACAGUCCCUCUCUCCCAUGCCGUCUUCGACCUGAAAUUCCACCCCUUCCGACACCACAUCCUCGGUAUCGCAGGCAGUAACGGCUCAAUCUCCAUUUACAGCGUCCUUUCGGAGGACGGCAACAAUUACAAUAUAGGAAUCCAACACAUCUGGACAACUUCCGCGGAACACGCGAACAAUUCAACUUUGUACUUCACCUGGUUCCCACAGGACUGGUUCCCACUGCAAACAAGCCCCUACACAGACGGCUUUGCAGCCUCAUUCGCCAACGGCACAACACGAAUCUAUCUUCUUGACGCCGAACGGGAAAACCGGCAUGAUAUUGCGCAAAACAAAGGGAACUACAAUUUCAUAGUCAAGGAACAUCUACCCGAGCGCCGCAAGAACAUUGAGCCGUGGUUCAUCGCGUUAGCGAAAUAUCGAAACCCGAGUGUAAUGGGCGGAAGUGAAUCGUUCAUGUUCACGGGUGAUGAUAUGGGGAACUUGUGGACGCAGAGCUUCACAUAUCCCGAGGAUCGUAAUUCGAGCGGUGAUCUAGAGGAAGAUUUCAUGAUUUGCGAUUAUAGGGAUACCGAUGAUGAAGGACUGCGCCAUACAGCUGGUGUAACGGCUAUACUGCCCUUACCAACUGUGGGCAUGGUAAAGAAGAUGCCUAUCUUGCUGACGGGGAGUUACGACGAGUAUAUUCGAGUAUAUCAUGCCACUUUUAGAGGCGCUAUACUCGCCCAGAAACGUCUGGGAGGAGGCGUGUGGCGUUUACAGCUCAUCGGAGACCCAACUACCACCCAUACAACUACCGGAGCAUCAACGAUUACAGAAGUCCAAUUCUUGGUCCUGGCGAGUUGUAUGCAUGCUGGUACAAGGAUUGUAAAGGUGAAUUGGAAGAGGCCUCAGGUGGGAGCGAAUGAAUUGGGUUCUUGGGAUAUAGAAAUUUUGGCUCAGUUUACAGAGAAUGAGAGCAUGAAUUAUGCCUCGGGUAUUUGGAAGGGAGGUGAGACUUCCGCUACAACAGGAAGAGAGUUGGUGGGUGUUUCGAGCAGUUUUUAUGAUAAAAGGUUGUGUUUGUGGAAGAUUCAGAUCUGA